AUGUUUCGUGUGAUUGUUCUUGUUAUCGGCUGUGCUGCUUUCGUGUUUGGAGAUGAUCCCUCGAAAUUACUGACUUUAGAGGAAAGGAUGGACAAACUUGAAAGAGAACUGAAUAUGUGUAAAUCACGGGAACCCGGAAAACGAGCAAGUAAUCCUUCGAGUCCUGUGAUAGCAUUUUCUGCUUAUCUUUCGAGUGAUGUUCAUCCUUUAGCUACCAAUGAAGCUAUAAUCUAUAACAACGUUCAACUAAAUGAAGGAAAUGCUUAUAAUGCUCAUGUCGGGCGAUUCCAGGCCCCGAUCGGUGGUAUAUAUCACUUUGUCGCCAGUGCUCAAUCUUAUUCUAGUGACUACAUAGAAAUUGAAAUUGUGCGUGAUACAGUUACUUUGUGUCGUGGAAGAGGAUCUCAGACUUACCAGUCAACCGGAACCUGUGCUGCCACCAUUCAUCUGUCUGCCGGAAGUGACGUAUGGGUCCGCCGAUAUAGCGGCAAUUAUAUCCGAGGAAAUGCUUAUUCUGCUUUUACUGGACAUUUAGUUAAUGCAGACUAA